GUCCUCUAUCAACAUAAGUAGGCAGUGACUACAAACCCUAGCGGCAGGGCUUCUCUCAUCUCUUUCGCCAGAGCCGCCAGCCUCCUCUCUGAUCCAGGAUGAAGUUCAAUAUCGCGAAUCCGACCACGGGAUGCCAGAAGAAGCUUGAGAUUGACGAUGACCAGAAACUUCGGGCAUUUUUUGACAAGAGGAUCUCGCAGGAGGUCAGUGGAGAUGCCCUCGGAGAGGAAUUUAAUGGCUAUGUAUUCAAAAUCAUGGGAGGCUGUGACAAGCAAGGGUUCCCAAUGAAGCAGGGAGUGUUAACUCCUGGUCGUGUUAGUCUCUUGCUCCAUAGAGGAACCCCUUGCUUUCGAGGAUAUGGUAGGCGUAAUGGAGAGAGGAGGAGGAAGGCUGUACGUGGGUGCAUUGUCAGCCAGGACCUUUCUGUUCUGAACUUGGUUAUUGUGAAGAAGGGUGAGAGUGAUCUUCCUGGGCUGACAGACACUGAAAAACCAAGAAUGAGAGGUCCAAAGAGGGCAUCAAAGAUUCGCAAACUCUUCAACCUCUCAAAGGAUGAUGAUGUCCGAAAGUAUGUCAACACAUACCGCAGAUCAUUCACAACCAAAUCUGGCAAAAAGUGCAGUAAAGCUCCCAAGAUACAGAGGUUGGUUACUCCUUUGACCUUGCAGAGGAAGCGAGCCAGGAUUGCAGAGAAGAAGAAGAGAAUUGCUAAGGCCAAGUCUGAAGCAGCUGAGUACCAGAAACUCCUUGCUACCAGAUUGAAGGAGCAGAGAGAACGUCGCAGCGAGAGUUUAGCCAAGAGAAGGUCCAGGCUUUCUGCUGCGUCUAAGCCAUCUGUUGCUGCUUAGGCCCAUGCUCCCUAAGAAAGUUGAAUUUUGGUUAAAGUUGAUUGUCACUGAGUUUUUUGAUAUCGUUCUCCAUUUGUUUUAGUAUUUCAUGACUUCUGCAGAAGGUGCUUCUUUAGACCCUGUUAGUUCAUUAAAUUCAUCAAGAGGAUUGCUGAUUGUUCACUUAUAAUUAUGGGAAGUUUUUCAAAUUACAUGGCUGCUUCAAA